AUGGCUUCUUUCCAGGAUCGUGCUCAGCACGCCAUAGCUCAGCUUGACAAGGAGCUGUCCAAGUACCCCGUCCUCAACAACCUGGAGCGUCAGACCUCCGUCCCUAAGGUCUAUGUGAUCCUCGGCCUGGUCGGCAUCUACUUCUUCCUCGUUUUCUUCAACAUCGCCGGCGAGUUCCUGGUCAACCUGGCCGGUUUCAUCAUCCCUGCCUACUACUCUUUGAACGCUCUGUUCACCGCCGGAACUGCGGAUGACACGCAGUACUGGGUUGUCUACGCCCUCUUCACCGUCGUUGAGAGUGCUAUCAGCGCGCCCUACUGGUUCCCCUUCUACUACAUCUUCAAGUUCGCCCUGGUCCUCUGGAUGGCUCUUCCCCAGACCAACGGUGCCCAGGUCGUCUUCCACUCUUUCCUCCAGCCUGUGCUGGGCCGCUUCUUCAACGCUGGCAACACCUCCGCCAACCUUCGGGCUCAGGCGGCCGAUGCCACCAAGACCCAGUAA